AUGAGCGAUGACCGUGGUGAUCGUCGUGCUGGUGGGUAUGGUAAUGAAAGAAGAAGAGGGUACAGUUCGAGAGAUAACUACAGACAACAAGAUAGAAGAAAUGAUUCCCGUGGUAAUGGUAGUGCUAGUAGUAGUGGUAGUAGGUAUGGUAGUAGAGAUGACUACCGUAGUGGCCGUAGGGAAAAUUAUCGUAGUAGGGGAGUGGAUGAUAGGAGACGAGGGCCAUCUAGAUAUGCAAAAGGCGAUUAUGGUCCGGUAUUGGCCAGAGAACUAGACAGCACUUACGAGGAGAAAGUGAAUAGAAAUUACGCUAAUAGUAUUUUUGUUGGAAAUUUGACGUAUGAUUGUACUCCAGAAGACUUGAGAGAUUAUUUUUCAGGGAUUGGUGAGGUGGUACGUGCUGAUAUCAUUACAUCAAAGGGUCACCAUAGAGGGAUGGGUACCGUGGAAUUUACCAAUUCAAGGGAUGUGGAAGAAGCCAUUCGUCAGUAUGAUAGUUCAUACUUCAUGGACCGUCAAAUAUUUGUUAGACAAGAUAACCCACCACCAGAUAACGGACGUAACGAAAGAACACCUUCUAGAAGAACUACGGCACCUUCCUCGCGACAACAAGAUAUUUCCUCAGGAGCGUACUCUAUGCAAUCCAAUAUGAAACAAGGAUACGAAAUAUUUGUGGCAAAUUUACCAUACUCUAUCAAUUGGCAAGCUCUAAAGGAUAUGUUUAAGGAAUGUGGUGAUGUCAUGCGUGCAGAUGUCGAAUUAGAUCGUGCAGGUCGUUCCAGAGGGUUUGGGACAGUUAUUUUCCGUACCAGAGAUGAUAUGGAAAGGGCCAUCGAUAGAUAUAACAGAUUUGAGGUGGAUGGAAGAACCCUGGACGUAAGAGAAGGCCAUAGUAAUAACCGUAAUGAUGACAUGAACAUACAACACCAAACUCAAAAUGCAAUGACUAACGACGCUACUUCGGAUGCCACAAGUAAUGAAAGAAGUCUACCUACACAACCAUCAGAACCAGCAUCCAAUAGAACAUCCACAUUUACUGAAGGUGUUGUGGAAGGCGGUGAACGCAACACACUAAUUUAUUGCAGUAACCUACCUCCUUCUACUGCAAGAAGUGACUUAUACGAUCUUUUUGAAAGCAUUGGUAAGGUAAGGAAUGCCGAAUUGAAGUAUGAUCGUAAUGGGGAAACUACUGGCGUUGCCAUUGUGGAAUUCAUUAGCCAGGAUGACGCAGAUGUGUGCAUUGAGAGAUUAAAUAAAUAUAAUUAUGGUGGUUGUGAUUUGGAGAUAUCGUAUGCGAAACGUGUAUGA